AUGCCACAAUUAAACCCCGGCCCUUGAUUUAUAAUCUUAAUAUUCUCCUGAUUAAUCUUCUUAACCAUUAUUCCAACCAAAAUUCUAAAUCACACCACACCAAACGAGCCAACCCCAAUAAGUGCUGAAAAACACAAAACUGAAUACUGAGACUGACCAUGAUAG